CAUGAAUGAUUGUUAAGCUAAAAGGCAUUUUCCUAAAUAGAAAAUCAUUACUAAAGAAUAUUUUGUAAAGUGAAAAAUUUAAAAAAUAAUGAAAAUUGUGCACUAUUUUGAUAUAUUGUUUUCUGAUAUAGGUUUAAAUCAACAUACAGGUUAUGUUUAACAGUAAAAUGUAAUUAUGGCCGAAGAAGAAGGUCUAGAAUGGUUAUUUGAACUUCUUGAGGAUGUUCAAUUAACGCAGUUUCUAGCACGCAUUAGAGAUGAUCUACAAAUUACUCGAUUUCAUCAUUUUGAUUAUGUACAAGCUGAAGAUUUAGAAAAAAUCGGACUCGGUAAACCAGCAGCUCGGCGAUUAUUGGAUGCCGUAAAGAAACGAAAAUCACAUCAAUGGAAAAAACAAAUAUUAACCAAAUUAAAAUCAGGAACAUCAACAAAGCCUAGUUCCUCGCAGAAAAAAAGUAUAUCAAAUUCAAAUACAGUUGGUGAUACUGUAGCACUAAGUUUAACUUGUUUAAUACAAGAAAAGGAUGUUAGUCUAUCUGUAAAACUUGGAGAUGGUUCUUUUGGAGUGGUUCGUAGGGGAGAAUGGAGCACUCCAACAGGACGAACAUUACCGGUUGCAGUUAAAGUAUUAAAAGCCGAAGCAUUGAAUCAACCGGGUGUGUUUGAAGAUUUUAUUAAGGAAGUACAAGCAAUGCAUGUUUUAGAUCAUCACAAUUUAAUAAGACUAUAUGGUGUCGUGUUGUCACAGCCUUUAAUGAUGGUUACAGAAUUAGCUCCUUUAGGAUCUCUUUUAGACUGGCUUCGAAAACAAUGCCAACGUACUCCCGUUUCAACAUUAUGGCUUUUUGCUUAUCAAGUAGCUACUGGAAUGGCAUAUUUAGAAUCAAAACGCUUCUUACAUAGAGAUCUAGCUUGUCGAAAUGUAUUGCUGACGUCACAGGAUAAGGUAAAAAUUGGCGAUUUUGGUUUAAUGCGUGCACUUCCACAACAAGAAGAUUGUUAUGUAAUGACUGAGCAUAAAAAAGUUCCGUUUCCAUGGUGUGCGCCUGAAUCGUUACGUAGUCGACAAUUUAGUCACGCAUCUGAUACAUGGAUGUAUGGUGUAACGGUUUGGGAAAUGCUUACCUUUGGUGAAGAUCCUUGGAUGGGAUUGAAUGGUUCUCAAAUUUUAAGGAAAAUUGAUAGAGAUGGAGAACGCUUACAUCAUCCUGACGUUUGUCCAAUGUCAAUUUAUCAAUUACUGUUGCAAUGUUGGUCCAAAGAACCGUCUGACCGACCAACAUUCGCAGCCAUAGUUGACUUUUUAAAAAAUAACUCACCUCCAGUAAUGCGAGCUCUAUUAAGUUAUGAUGAACCCAAUAAACUGCAAAUUGAUGAAGGAGAUCAUAUAGCAGUAAUUGACGGAAGAGCAGAAUUGUAUUGGUGGAAAGGUCAAAAUCAAAGAACUUUUGCUGUUGGUCAAUUUCCUAGAUGUAUUGUGGAUCCAAUGAGACCCAAAGUUAGUGAAGAUAUUAGUAAGCCACUUCAACAUUCAUUUAUUCAUACCGGCCAUGGGUCGGCGUUUGGAAAAUCAUGGGGUAGUCCUUCUCACAUUGAUGAAAUGUAUUUAAAAAAUCCAAUGGAACCUCCUGAUGUAAUCGGAAUUAACUUAGCAGAAUCUGUGUCUCCUCAAAAACUACCUGAUCGCAGAAAAAAGCCUGCUCAUUAUAGUUCCGUAGUAAAAAAGCAUACACAAGCUAAACAAUAUAAUUAUCAUAAAUUAAAAAAUGAAAAUGGCAAUCUUGUAAGUCCCAUAAAAUCCAAACCUCUACGACCACCUCAACCAAGUGGUGAAAGUUUAAAUCUUUCACAAGCUCCUUCAGAAGGUUCGUUAAUUGAUUUUUCACCAGAAAAUAAUGAAGCUUCAAACUUUGUAAUUUUACGAAACAAAAAUCUGGAAUCUGAUGAACGUGACUCAAAGAGCUUAUCAUUAUUGGACGAGCCAAUUGAUGUACCAACAUGGACUCCAGAAAUGAUAGAAAAUGUUCCAAAACAACUUCCAGCUCAACCACCUCCUUAUCAACAGCCACCUGUAUAUAGUGCAUCAAUUUACAACGAAUACGAACCAACAACUACAAACGAUCCCUUUGAUACGUCUAAAGUAUAUUCACCACAACAAAGUAAUCAGCACAGAUAUUAUUCACAAGUCUCACCGGGGAACACAUAUUUGAAUGUAAAUGAUAUUUCUGAAGAUCAUUAUAGCGAGAUACCCUCUCCAAAUUUGCAAGGAAAUUCGUUAACACACUGGCAAACACAUAGUCAAUUAGAUUUAUCAACAAUUUCAGAUGGUUCUUUAAAUACUUCUGCUAUCAUUAAUUUAUCUCAAGAUGCCUCAAUUUCUGAUAGUAGUUUAACGCAAAAUAUAGUUUCAGACAUGGAAAAAAUGAAUCUCAAUUGUGCUGUGAAAGAUAUAAAUAUUUUAAGGCCUAGUGUAUUAGAUAUGAAUUUUUUAGCAGAAUUAGAAAAGAAAAUAGUGAAAAAUCCAAACUCAAAUACCCUUCCCAAUGCGCCUAACACUAAUAAUUCACUUUUAUUAAAUACAAAUUCUCCCCCUCCUGUAAAUAUUCCUAUGAUAAGCCCUCCGCCACCAUCAACAAAAACGAAGUUAAGCCCUAAAAAGUGCAACGUGUCGACAUUACCAACUAAAGUACAGAAUUCAUGGCAAACAAAAACUGUGAAUUUAGAAUCUCAAACGUAUGAAACAAAAUCGAAUACAAGUGUUCGAUCUACAAGUUCAAUACAUGACAAUAUUAGACAAUUAAGUGAAAGUGAUAAUUUAAAACAAAAUAUAUUAGAUACACAAGUAGUUUUUAACAAAAUAUGGUAUGAUACAGCCGUAAAAAGUAAUACAAAUUUAAAAAAUCAAGGAAAUUCAAGUUGGAUACAAUCGCCGGAACAAAGUCAUAAUUUCGUCGCAAUUUCAAAUAGACCAAUUACUGUACAAAAAAAUUUAAACCAUACAGAUUUCGAUUCCAAAUUAAAUACUUCAAGUGAUCUUUUAUUAGUUAAUUUAAAUAAAAAUUUGAAUACUAAUAUCAAUACUUAUACAAAUGAAUCUCUUUAUAUUCCAAAUUCAACGUAUAAUUUAUCCCAACAUGGAAAUCCCGUCCCUGUGUUGCCUGCUCCCACUAAUAUAUAUAGUGAUGUAGCCGACUCUAAUUUAUAUUCAGAAGUGCCUCAAGAAACAGUAUUAAGACCUCAUAGACCAGCACCGCCGUCGCCACUUAUUGAUGGAUUAUUUAGUCGUCCUCAAUCAGCUCAACAACUUCAACGAAAAUUAAACCAAGCAAUGGCUGGUAGUGCUGCAAAUACACAACAAAGUAAAUUAGUAAUCAUUUCACAGCUUCAAAAAGAAAUGCCUGAUGCUUUACAUGAUGAAUGUGUUUCCGCGUUGCAAACAACAUCGUGGGAUUAUGGUGCAGCUUUAAAAAAUCUAAAAAUAAAUAAACUUGUCAAAUUGGGACUUGACACACGUGAAAGAUGUGAAACUGUACUAAAACAAUCAAACUGGGAUGUAGAAGUAGCUGCGUCAAUUAUUUUGGAUCAUACUUUAUAAUGAAAUUGCCUGCUAAAGUUAUUUUAACUAUAAUAUACUGCAUCAAUCCAAUAGCGAAUUUAUAAUACUAAAUGUAAAAAAUUAUUUUAUUCGUAUUUACAAAACUAAUGUAAUAUAUAUUUUAAGAGAAUAAGUUGAUCAGUGAAUCUCCAACUGACGUAUUUAUAGCCUAUUUAAUUUUUAUUUCACUUUUUUGUAAAUAUUAAAAUUGAAGAAGAGACAAGUAAUAAAUGGCCCGAAUAAAUAUUUCCAGUUUUAAGUUUUCAAUAAUAAUUUUGAGAUAGAAAUAUCUUUGGUUGUAUUAAAUGAUUCUCUCUAAUAUAAUAAUAGAAAAAAUU